AUGGGAUCUAUUGGAGACAUCACUGCCACAUGGUCCUAUCUCGACGAGAGCUUGGAGCUCGUUUCAGAUAAGAUCUAUACGGAUGAUUCCGAAGCCAUUAACGGCACCCUGGAGGAUCUCAUAACUGACAAUUCAACUAUUUCCACGACAACCUGCUCGUCCUCAAGUACUCCUACCACUAUUGGAUACCCCGAAACUUGGUCAACAACCGCAGUUCUCAGCCUCGCCUCAACAAAUGAUAAUCAAAUACCAUGUCCUUCCAAUACCCGGGAGAGAUUAAGCUCCAUGAGCCUAUAUCCACUGAGAAGUGCCGGCAUUGGAGUGGUGACCACGAUCGAUAGUUGUCCCUUGACCUCAACAGAUAUUGCCACUACUUUACUAGCUGAGAGUUGUGGGACUGCUGCAAGUAGUGGAGUCGCAAGUCCAACACAGUUUGCAUCCGAGGCAAGUAUUUCUAGCGCUCAAGAUGAGAGAAUGAUGGUCAGUUCGUUGAUCACAUAUCAUUUCCGGGACCCUUCUCCCCCUUACAGCAGCUACGUCGAGAGGUUGGCGCCAAUCUGGAUUGACCAGCUUGGAUUAGUGUCAGCACAAUGGUUUGACUAUCCAUCAUUUGGUUCCUCAGCCGUAGGAGUGAGGGGUAUUUACGGAUGCACAGCAGUGAUUAUAGCAUCCGAAAAGGGUGUGUAUAUUUCACAUGUUUGGGAGAGCCCAGUAUUCGUUGACGACGCUUUCAAUCCAACCGAUGACGACUUUUUCAUGAUAACUGCGUUCAAUUCCCUCCGAGACGGGACCGUAUAUGCGCAAAGUGUAACUGGUCUGAUUGGGACUGAUCAGAAUCCCGGUGUCUUGAAUGCAAUCUACGCACCGAAAGUCUUCGUCCUCACACCCUUCGCCACAAAUUGGGAUCGACAGAACUUUGGCAUUUUCACCACACUCAGAUAUCAAAGGCGUGCCCAACAGCUCGCGCAAAAGAUAGCAAGAAUUGUUCCCGGCUCCGGUGGAAAUGGUAUCACUCUAGGUUAUACACGUACGAGUCGGCAGGCAUCGAGUCAGGAACCAGGCGUUGCAGGAAGAGCCAUUUUGGAAAUUGAUCCUUGUUACAAAUGGCUCACUACACCCUACGACUCAAAAUCCAUGGGCCUUCAAAUUGGUCGUUGGCGUCUGUGGGUGGAGGAUCAGUUGAUUACUUACCAAGAUUUCUGGCUUCCUCAUAUCACCGCUCCUGGGGGCACCCCCUCACAAGACAUUGGCUAA